AUGUCGUCGGAUAUCAUUGAGCACAGUUUUUUUUUUACACCCCUUGAGCGGGAUCGCAUCGCUCACGCGGAGACGUUUGUUGACACCCGUCCAAGCAGUUUUGUUACGGUUAUUUUCAGUCCACUUUGGCAAGCGAUGAGUCGGCAUUUGGUGCCGGAGAUGGUGGCGCCUAACGCUAUUACACUUGCGGGUCUGGUGAGCUCUAUGCAGUCGUAUCAAAUUAUUAGUGAUCAUUAUGAUGGAAGCGAAAGUGACCCAAAUAAUAUCGAAGCUCAGACUCCCAUUUUGUUAUCGUGCUUGCUGUGCCUUGUGGCCAUUGUGUGCGGUUCCUUGGAUGGUGUUCACGCAAAGCGCUGUCGAUCGGCAUCUCCUCUUGGUGAUAUUUUUUCCCGCGUGUGCAGCAGUAUUUCUCGUAUAUUUUUUGCCUUGACACUUAUGGAGGCAUUUAGCGUGAGAGACCUUCAUACGAAAUGGUAUUUGCUCAUGGCGAUGCAGCUAGUAGAGCUCAACACGGUACUUAGCCGUAUUAAUGCGGAUAACCUCAAACCUCAAAAGGCGAAGAAUCUUGCGUAUCAUCUUACGUAUUGUUUUCGGGAUUCGGAGUUGUCCUUUUUGAUCCUCUGCGCCUUAAUUACACGUCUUGUUUAUCCAUCUACGGGCUUUUACGUUUUUUUUAUGUCAAAUUUUCCAAAAUACAGUUUUUUAAUGCUGGUGGUGGUGAGCUUUGUUAAUGUGGCAUUACUGAAGAUGAAGCGGAAGUACAAAAGUGGAAUCGCGCUUUGUUUGGUUGCGCGCGUAGUUCCCUUAUAUAAAAUUUUAUUAUUUAACAAUUACAGUGUUCUCAGCGUGAUCAGUGGAGCUUUGGUGGUCGCACUUCUUUCGAUAGAGGUACAUGUUAGCAACGUUGCCAGGCGUCGUGUGCAUGCGGCAGUGUUGUGCAUUAGUAUUGGUUCUGUGUUUAACGACAUCUUUUCCAUUGUAGCUUCCGUUUUGUACAUCAUUGGUAUGUUGGUGGAUCUUUCUUAUUCCACCCGUAUUCCGUUGUUUGUACCAGUAAGGAACGUCUUUUGCGACGGUGUUUUUGACUUGUGUCAUGCGGGGCACAAAAACUUUAUGCAAAAUGCGUUGCAGUACGGCAACCGCCUUAUUGUUGGAGUCUGCGGGGACGAAGAUUGUGAGAAUUACAAGCGGCGACCCAUCAUGACAACAGAGGAGCGUGUUAACGAGGUACGUAUGUGCAAGUUUGUCUCGCAGGUGAUUUCAAACAGUCCGGUAACUGGUGUUACGGAGGAAAUGAUUAAACGGCACAACAUUCAUGUUGUUGUUUGCGGCAAAGAGUACGACCGACCCGAUGAUACGUUCUACGCCGUUCCACGGCGUCUUGGGAUUCUGCGAACAGCCCCUCGCACGGAGGGCAUUUCCACAAGCGUGUUGAUUGCGCGUAUUCGUGCGGCCACGGACGCGGAUGUGGUGGCGAAGGACAAGUCCUCAGGACGCUCUGUCGUGAGGGAUGGAUCAUGA